CAACAAUGGCAGUCCGCUACGAGCUGUGCAUUGGUCUCAACAAGGGCCACAAGACCACCAAGGUCAAGAAUGUGAAGUACACCGGCGACAAGAAGGUGAAGGGUCUGCGCGGAUCCCGUUUGAAGAACAUUCAAACCCGCCACACCAAGUUCAUGAGGGAUCUGGUGCGCGAGGUGGUGGGCCAUGCCCCCUACGAGAAGCGCACCAUGGAGUUGCUGAAGGUGUCCAAGGACAAGCGCGCCCUCAAGUUCCUGAAGCGCCGCUUGGGCACACACAUCCGUGCCAAGAGGAAGCGUGAGGAGCUGUCCAACAUCCUCACCCAGUUGAGGAAGGCCCAGACCCACGCCAAGUAAGCGGACAGCGUCGCUGCACGGAGAAGGAGGAGGAACUCGACGGAACGCGCCGCCGCUGCAGCAGCUCUGUGUGUUUCUUCUUUUUUUUUUGCGGUGUGAUACUGAACAUAGAAACUUAUGUCGUCGUUACUUGAGAGCGAGUCUCAGCAUCCCACAAUUAAAACCUAAAAACACAUUUAAAAACCGUACAAA